GAAUAGCACACCAAACGAAUAUGUCAAAAUUAUUAUGACGUUUUUCUUUUCGCUGAAAGAAUUAGUGUCGAUUAAUCGUGUUUAUUUAGUAAUACUGCCCUAAAAUAUUGAAAUAUGGCUGCUGAAAUCAAGCCUGCGCCAAGGACGCCCAAUGAUAGGUUUUCCACGACCAAAAAACCAGCACUUUUGAGCAAAUUGGAAGGUUGCACCGACGAUGUAAAUGCAGCGGUCGUUAUACCUGGCGAGGACGGUGUAAUUAGCGUUUGUGAUGAUAAGACCGUGCGAGUUUGGUUGAAGCGUGAUUCAGGACAAUACUGGCCGUCCAUUUGUCAAUACAUGCCAUCAGGAUGCACUUCAAUGUUCUAUACACCAGAGACAAGACAGCUAUUUAUUGGGCAGGAGAAUGGUACAGUAUCAGAAUUUACACUGGCACCAGACUGCAAUAGAAUAAACCCUACUCGUGAGUAUUUAGCCCACACGGCCCGCGUGACCGCCGUAAACUUUUCUCUGAGCUGCGAGUGGGUGUUGUCGGUAAGUCGCGACAAGUUCUUCGCGUACCACUGCAGCGAGACCGGCCGCAGGAUCGGUGGGUACUCCUUCGAAGCAUGGUGCACGUCUUUGCAAUUUGACUCUCAAUCGAAAUACGCGUUUGUCGGUGACUACAGCGGCCAGAUAACGAUGCUGAAGUUAGAUAAUAACGGCGCUACACUGGUGACCACGCUCAAGGGACACACUGGGUCCGUAAGAGUACUCAACUGGGCACCAUUACCUCAGUUGCUGUUCAGCGGGUCAUUCGAUCAAACGAUAAUAGUUUGGGACAUCGGCGGGCAAAAAGGCACAGCGUACGAACUACAAGGUCACAGUAACAAGGUGACGGGUCUGUGGUACGUGGGCAGCUGCGAGCGCCUGAUCUCGGCGGGCGAGGAUGGCGCGCUGGGCGUGUGGGAGAUGGGAGUGCGGCGUCGCGAGACUCCCGCAUGGAAGGAGUCCGACCUGUGCCAGAUAUGUCGCGCGCCCUUCAUAUGGAACGUCAGGGCUAUGAUGGAGAUGAAACAACUUGGGCUCCGGCAGCACCACUGCCGCUGGUGCGGCGCGGCGGUGUGCGCGGCGUGCUCGCCGCACCGCCUGCCGCUGCCCGUCAUGGGCUUCGAGUUCCCGCAGCGCGUCUGCUCCGCCUGCUACGACACGCUGCGCCAUGAGCCACGCGAGUCUCUGGCGUCAUUCCACGACAUGAAGCACGCGGUGUGCUCGCUGUACAUGGACGAGGCGACGGGCCGCAUGUGCACGGCGGGCAAGGACCGCGUCAUCAAGGUGUGGGACGUCGGCGUCCUGCUGGCGCCCGCGCCCAGGCCCGACCAGGCAGAACACUAGGACACAGUACGUGCUGCACCAUUACCUACAAAUACGGGGAUAACGGACUUUAUUUACUUGGCAACACUAUAUGUAACGCUAGAACGGGAAAUCUGGCGACCCUGAUGCCAGAAUGUCAAAGUUAACGCGUAGAUGUUACUGUUUUGAAUUGCGGUUCUUAGGUCGCACGUAGUUAAACUUUUAGUUUCAAGUAAAUUUUCCAUCAGUCAAAUUUGAAUUGUAUUGCUGAGAAAAUAAAGUCUUCUUUCUUCACAAAUCAACGCCCGGUCGUAUUUUCGCUUCAAACAGCCUAAUAAAGUAAAGAGGUAGCAUAUGUUUAUUCAUUUAAUACUAAUGAUUUUUCAUUAGUAUUAAAUGAAAAUAUAAUUUAGCCUCUUUGGCUAGUUGGAGAGGAUUGAACAUGAAAUUAUUUUGUUAUGUUAUUCAACGAAACUGUAACUGCAUUUGAUCCAGUUUUCUACAUUGCAAUCGUCAAUAAACUAAAAGGUAUUAGAUGGGUAUAUUUUGGGCUGUUUGCUUUAAUGUUAUAGUCGUUAUUAUUAUUUAAUGUGUAUAUCUAAUAUUAUAUUUGUUGUUGAUAGCCCAACGAAAGUUUUGCUUUCUAUCACUUGUCGUGAGGUAAGACUGAGACUUUCCUUUCAAAAAACAUGAAGUUUAACGUUCAUUACGUAUAGUAGUUAGAUUUGUGUCAUCAUAAUUUAAUUAUAAAAAUAUAUUGAGACGAAGAUCUCAAAACUAUUUUAUAUGUGUGAUCUACGUAUAAUAUUUGUCUAUAUCUCUACUGUCAAACAUGUGUACAUAUAAGUCUGUCGAAUGCUUUGAAUAUUUACAUCGAGGCAUCUGUUAAAAUAUUUAACUUUAUACAACUUUCAAAUCAUCUACAGCGGUUCACAGUCGACCGGCUCUGAUGUCUGGUUUGAUAACUUUUUAGUAUAAAAUGUGGAACAAACGUUGUCUUGGCCGAGUGUUGUGACUGAUAUAUAAAAUUGUAUUAUUGUGUUCACGAUACGAUGUCUGUGAGUGCGGCGAGGUCCGCAUUUCGAUGUGUGGGUACGUUGUGUUGCACCUUUACAUGUUAAGGCCGGUUCACACGACAACCGUCCAUUAUGUUUUAGAACCGCGAUGAACUGAUCGCGGAGAAAUUAUUUUAUGAGAUAAGAGAAGCGUUGUGGUGUGAACAACCCGGUAGUCAGCAUCCACAUGAACAUUGUUUACUAUAUAUUUUACUUCACAUACUUCAUCAAAAUCACAUAUAGAGCUGCUCUAGUCCAGACUAUUUAUUAAGCUCCGUAAGCAGCACAGCAUUAUAGAACUCAUUACUUACAUGAUUUGGCAUACUUUUCAUUACCCGUUCGUGUGUGCGCAGCUCAAAAUAGACUAAUAUUUAUUUUGUCAUUUUAUUCAUUAAAAUUAAAUAAAAUUGCGUGGAUGUUGUUACGUGUAUCGAUAGAUCUGUUCUCACCAAAAGUAUAUAUGUAUGAAGUAGCGUUCGAAUGGAAAUAUGUAAUGAUGUCAGUGUCUGCACAUUACCGGAACCGCCGAAUAUGCUAAUGCUACCUAGUUUUUAUGCAGUCCAAAUUCGUCGUGACUGCAGAUUCCAAAAUAUCGACGGCGUAUACUUGUGUACCUUUGGUGGAAACUCAUAUUGUAUUGUUAAAACUCUUUCCGAGUAUUUUAUGUUAUAUGUUUAGAUAUAUAUUAGUUGUAUACUAUCUAAAAUAUUAAUUGUUUUUAUUGCAAAAAAAUAUAAUUCCAAUUUAUUCUAUUUUUU